CAUUCUUGGAGAGAAAAAAAUGGGGAGAGAGGUAUCAGAAAGCUGUAUCGAUAGCUUACUAACCGAAAUGGUUUCAACGUAUUGCAAUCGUUUCUAUGCCAACAAGCCUGAACUCGCUGCCCGUCGGAUCGAAGCCAUUGGAUAUCAGGUCGGCCACCAGCUAUCUGAACGGUAUACGAUGGAGAGGCCACGUUUUAGUGAUCAUUUAGAAGCAAUCAAGUUCAUCUGCAAGGAUUUUUGGUUUGAACUCUUCAAGAAGCAAAUAGACAACUUGAAGACAAAUCAUAGGGGCACUUUUGUAUUGCAAGAUAAUCGUUUUCGUUGGCUUACACGCAUGUCAAUUGAGCAAUCACCUGAAAAUGGAACAUCCGAGGAGCUUUCUAUCAUGGCUGACAACAAGGCUGUGCAAAGCAUGCAUCUGUAUUUUCCAUGCGGAAUCAUAAGGGGAGCUCUUUCAAACUUGGGAAUACCUUGUGCGGUUUCUGCCGAUAUGUCCAACCUUCCUGCAUGUUCAUUUGUGGUUCGGAUAAAGGCUUGACAAGCACGUUACGGGAGAUGCGUCACCAAUCAUCCGGGUUUCGAACAUGCUCUAAGUGCUAAUCUAAAGCAUGAUGAGAAGUAACAGAAUCCCAUUCAGAAUUAUCUGAAAUUCAGGUACAAGAAAUACUAUUUGAAGAAAUUUAUGGGAUAUUUCGGGUAUAAGAAAAACCUUUGUUGUUGAGUUC